UUGAUCGAUCGAUCGGUGGAGAAGCUCUGCAAUGGUGGAAGUAGUUGGGACCGGAGGAAAAAUAGCGAGGCAGGGCAUCAAAAAAGAAGCUGAAGCGUCCAUGUCUGUGGGGCUACCGAGACUGAUCCGCAUCUCUUGCGUUGAUCGCGACGCGACGGACUCCUCCGGUGAUGACUCGCCGCGGCUGGUGGCCCGUCGAUAUGUGGAGGAAGUCCGCAUCGAGCAGCAGCCGAGGACAACAGCGUCGCCGCCGGCAGCUCCUUGCCACGGAGGUGAUGUCCUAGGCACCAAGAGGAAACACGGUGGUAUGGACGCGGCAGAGGAACGUAAGUACCGUGGGGUGCGGAAGCGGCCGUGGGGCAAGUACGCCGCCGAGAUCCGCGAUCCGAACAAGGCCGCGCGGGUGUGGCUUGGCACCUUCGACACCGCCGAGGAGGCUGCCAGGGUGUACGACAGCGCCGCACUCCGGCUCCGCGGGCCUUCAGCGACAACAAACUUCCCUGCCCCGUCGUCGCCUUCUGCCGCCAUGGCCGACAUCGACCGUGAUGCCAACAACCUCCUCGCCUCCUCCUCCGAGGAGUCCAGCGACGAGUCACAGCAUGUCGGCUCACCUGUCUCCGUCCUCCGGACGCCGGCCGAGACGGCGACGACCAUCGCCAAUGGCGGUAAGCUCGAUGAGAUGGCUGAUCCCCUGAGUUCGACUAUGAAUCUUUCGCCCGACAGAUUGCUCCAAGAGGAGGCGUACUGCGACGGUGGCGGAGUGUUCUCUCCAUUCUGCGGCGCCGAGGUGAUUGUACCGCCGGAGGACGAAGACUGCAUGUUCCCUGGUCUCUCAUUCGCUGCGCCGCGGAUCCUUGACCACGAUGACUACCCAAUAUCGUCGCACCUUGAGUACCACUCCGCCGCCGAGCCGGUGAGCUUGCUGGACCUGGGAGAGCUGCCGAUGUGGCAAGAAGUGGACUCCUUCUUCAGUGAUCAGGCCUUGUUGUCUGCCUUGCUAUGAAGCAAUUUUUUGUCGUAAUAUUUUCGUGUGUCGUCAUGUCUUUCAAUAGUAUAUAGUGCGUGCAUGCCCAAAUUUACUGUAUGUGACGGCAUGUCAUUAUUUGUGAGCAAACGCCAAAAGUGAGUGUUCCUGUU